AUGUCAUGAUGAAUACUGUACCAAAGUUACCAACCACUCCCGAUCCCAAGGCUCUAUUCAAGGACCUUGGAAGGCCCACGCUCCGGGGUGUCAGGAAGUGCCCCAACUGUGGAAUCUACAAUGGCAUACGUGGCCUCAGCUGCAAGAAUAAAGAUUGUAACAUUGUCCUUAGGGGUAAGGGAAGAAAGGGGAACCAAAGUGCUGAUGCAAUCAGAAUCAUCACAGGAUCGUCUGCUAUGGUUUAUUCUGUUCGAUUGCGUGAUAGGGGGCCUGAUUAUAGAGGGUUUGUGGAGCUGCCGAUUAGCGGAGAGAUUGUCCUUCAGGGGCCUGAUUCUGAGACUAUGACCCUUGUGGAUGUACCCCAUUGCUAUAUUGGAUCUUGUCAAAAGUUAACUGCACAAGAAAGUAACCAGGUGUUAUGCCAGCAUGUUGAGCUUGCCCAAAAGUGCACGACAGAGGCGCAACCGCUAACUCUGAAGAAUUCGAUACUCAAUAGUUUGCCGGUGUCAAACGAAAUGAAGCAAGCGAUCUGGCUUCUUGCCACCGAGACCACUGGUCCUCUUGUGCAGCGUGUGUCUAAGAAUAUCAUGGUUGUCAAGUGCAAGCCCCAGCAGACAAAUCACCUAGGUUUCCUGCAUUUUUCCUUCUCGGAGUCUCCAAAGAGGAAGGGCUGUGUGGAACAUAGGUUUCAUUGCUCAUGCAGACAGUUCAAGAAUUUCAAGCAUGCACAUGAAGAAAGCAAGAAGAAGUGUGUCCACUUUUAUGCUUGUAUCUGUGCAUUUGCAAGUGAUGAUGUACUAGCCAAGGAAUUUGAAUAUUUCAUUAAUAUGGAUGAGGAGAAAAAGGUAGCAGCAGGCGUUCCUGUAUCACCUCUGGGCUCUGUUCAAAUAACCAUUAUUGAUGGUCAAGUGACUGAUACAUCAUCAGAGGCGGUUUCCAUGGCAAUCGCAGUGCCUGGUGCGCAGGGAAAGAAGAGGAGGAAAGAUGACACACUUGCCCAGGCCAGCAGUGCUCUGUUGACGCUCCAAGAGGGAGCGACAUCCCCUGUCAAGAAGACACCACCUAGGAGAAACACCGGUCCUACACUCGACCCUGAACUGUCCUUCAACAAGGGGAUACCCCAGCCCACAACAGAGGCACUGGAAGGACCCACUGUCUCUUUCAAUCACUGGUUGGGGAGCGUGACGGAGAGGAUCAACCAAACCAUGCAUUAUCAGUUUGAAGGUACUCCUGAGCCUCUGGUGUUUCACAUACCCCAGGUUUUCUUUGAUAUACUCCAACAGCGGAUAUCAUCAGGAUCUCGCAAGAAGAGACUCCCUAACUCUACAGUGGCAUUCAUCCGUAAAGAUGCCCUUCCUCUAGGGACGUUUACCAAGUACACCUGGCAGCUGACCAGCAUCAUCCAAGUCAAGCAGAUCUUUGAUACAAUGGAGAUGCCUCUUGAGGUGACAAGAAGCUUUGUAGAGAACAAAGAUGGGACGUUCUCACGCUAUUCACCCAAGGUAGAUGUACAGCAUGUAGGAGAGGCUUACGGGAGAGCAGCAGGACAGAUUCCAAUCAAACCAUUUGAGCUUAAAACUUUCCUCAAAGUUGGAAACACUGCAGCGGAUCAGAAAGAGCCGACGCCUUUCAUUAUCGAGUGGAUCCCUGAUAUCUUGCCCAAGUCUCGCAUCGGUGAGCUGCGCAUUAAGUUUGAGUAUGGUCACCAGCGAAAUGGACAUGUUGAGAAAAGAAUGGAUGAGUUACAUGCAGCAAUAGAACAUGUGGUAUAAAAAUAGAGUUGGAGAACCACUGAGGAGAACCCUGUGGAUUGUAGUCAAGUUGCACAUCGGAAUGUGUUCAUUGGAUCAAGGACAUUUGAAAAGGCUGAAAAUGUUACAUACAGCGGUAAAGUAUGUUGAAUGAAAUGUCAGUGACACUGAAUCAUGUGCGGACCCAGGAUUUUACUGAAGAUGAGAGGCAGAAAUCUCUGACAAUUUUCUAACACAAGAAUAGAGUCCUCACAAGGAAUACAAUGAAGUUGCCCUUCCCCUAUAUCAAAGUUAUUGCUUCAAAUGAGGGGGAGAGAGCACUUCUAAUGCAAGUUGUAUUCUAUAUUUUCCCAUUGAGUGUAGACCGUGAUUGUUGUGCUCUCAUACUAGUUUGUUCUUGUUAAGUAGCCAGAUGAACAAUGCUAGUAAAAGUUCCUCUGCAAAAAAUAUGUGUGGCUAAAAACGGAUGAGACUUUAAAUACCGCAGCCUCCUUUGCUGCGCCUCCUCUUGAAAGACUCAAGGGAGGUGCUGGGAGUGAGUUCCAUAUUCUGAUUGCAUCGGGAUAAAAUGUCCCCUGAUAUGCUUGGGUUCUGGCACAGUGUUCAGUGUAUAGGAUAGAAUCUACAAAGCUGCAUGUAUGUUGGAGUGCUUACAAGUUUGCAUUUGACCAUGUGUAAAUGCAGAGCUCUACAGAGUAGGGGUUACAAAAUUCAAUUCAAUUUCAUUUUAUUGUCCACUUUGAAAUUUGUUUUGCUCACAUUAUAAACAUUUGUGAUAAAAUGUUACAUAUUACAUACAUCACUUGCAUAAAUACAAUUAUACAGAAUGACAGAAAGUGACAAAUACAAGAGAAAUUCUCCAGGAUAAUGUUUUUCCAAUAAAGAUGUUAAAGACUACAGAAGAUUGCCCAGUAGAAAAGAACAGAAAAGAAAAUUCAGGUGGUGAGAUUAUUGUAUGUGUGGAUGGAGAGAGGAACAAAGGAAUGUAGGAAACAUUGAAUGCGAUUGUUUAGUGACUGAAGUCAUUAAUUGGAGAAUAGUGGGUGAUAUUUAUUUUCAAUAUUUGUUGUAUUUCUAGAAGAAUUAUUGUUUUGCAGGCAUCAUUAAAUGUUGCCUGGUUUGACUGGUGAUCUGUUCAUCUUGUUUGGUGAUUCUCUUGAUUUUUCUACAAUCAAUUAUGUCAACAGUUUUAAAAGUUGAUUUAAUUUUUGUUUUGCUUGUUGAGGCGGAAGUUUGGAGAAGUUACCCUCCAUGUAUUGCCUGUGCUGCAAUUUUUUUUCCUUUUUUAGUUAUUAAUCUUAGAUUACAAUUUUUAAAUGAAUUUUUAUGUUUCCACGUGCCAUAGGCGAUUGUUGAAGCUUUUUAUUUUUUUUAAUGUUCGGAGGAUGGGGGAUGUCUGACCAUCAUGUUUUCAUUUAUGGUGGAUCAACAUCAAACUUGUUCCAAGUAUUCAUAUGUGAGUGACAAUGAUUUGAUUAGACUUUGGGAUCACAAAGACACCAAAGUCCCUAUGUCAGGUAAAUAGUCUUAUAGGUCAUUAUAUAUUGUAUUCCUGAAAAAUACCUUUCUCACCAUAACUAGACUGUUCAACUUCAAAGACUAGCACAUAAAGAGAGCCUUCAGUACACUAGUCAUUGUAGGCUUUGCAUUCAGACCCCAUAAUUCGAGUGAAGGGUUUGCACAGUAGACUAGGUGAUCCUUUUGUGCUCUAUCAGAUUCUCAAUAAUUUGUAUGUUCAUUAAAAAUGGAAUGUUACCAAGUAUUCUGACACAAAAUUUAGAAUAUUGGAAAGUUUAUUCCAAUUGUGUA